AUGGCCCGGCCGGCACUGCUGGCGCCCGGCGGCUUCCCGGCGCGCGCCGUGGUCUGGGAAUGGCUCAACGAGCACGGGCGCUGGCGGCCCUACUCGGCCGCCGUGAGCCACCACCUGGAGCAGGCGCUGCAGGAGGACGCGCGCGGCCGCGUGCCGCUGGGCCCGGCCGACGCGCAGCUCGCGCCCUACGUCAUCGACCUGCAGGCCAUGCACCAGCUGCGCCAGGACACGGGCACCGUGCGCCCCGUGCGCCGCAACUUCUACGACCCGUCGGUGCCAGCCCUCCCGGUGAAGAACCUCAACGGCACUGGCCCGGUGCAUCCCGCCCUGGCAGGCAUGACGGGCAUCCUGCUGUGCGCGGCGGGGCUGCCCGUGUGCCUCACCCGCGCGCCCAAGCCCGUCCUGCACCCGCCGCCCGUCAGCAAGAGCGACAUCAAACCCGUGCCCGGCGUCAGCGGCAUCUGCAGGAAGACCAAGAAGAAGCACCUCAAAAAGAGCAAAAACCCCGAGGACGUGGUGCGCCGCUACGUCCAGAAGGUGAAGAACCCCCCGGAUGAGGACUGCACCAUCUGCAUGGAGCGGCUGGGCAGCGCCUCGGGCUACGAGGGCGUCCUCAGCACCAAGGGCACCAAGGCGGAGCUGGUGGGCAAGCUGGGCAAGUGUGGCCACGUCUACCACGUGCUCUGCCUCGUGGCCAUGUACAGCAACGGCAACAAGGACGGCAGCCUGCAGUGCCCCACGUGCAAGGCGAUCUACGGCGAGAAGACGGGCACGCAGCCGCCGGGGAAGAUGGAGUUCCACCUCAUCCCGCACUCGCUGCCGGGCCACAGUGACUCCAAGACCAUCCGCAUCGUCUACGACAUCCCCACGGGCAUCCAGGGCCCCGAGCACCCCAACCCYGGCAAGCGCUUCACGGCGCGCGGCUUCCCGCGGCACUGCUACCUGCCCGACACCGAGAAGGGCCGCAAGGUGCUCAAGCUGCUGCUCGUGGCCUGGGAGCGGCGGCUCAUCUUCACCGUGGGCACCUCGAGCACCACGGGCGAGUCGGACACCGUGGUGUGGAACGAGAUCCACCACAAGACGGAGUUCGGCUCCAACCUCACGGGCCACGGCUACCCCGACCCCAACUACCUGGACAACGUGCUGGCCGAGCUGCUCGCCCAGGGAGUCUCCGAGGCCAACAUCAAGGACUGAGUGCCCGGGGGGCGCCCAGACCCCCGAUGUCCCCGAAGCUUCGCCGACGGUCCCCUGUGCCAUGUUGUGCCACCGGUGCCACCGCUUGUCCCA